GCCAAAUUACCCUGAAUGGCCGUUCAGAGCAUUUACUUCCUGCCCGAGCAGCUCACUUCAGGAAGAAGAAAUAAUGGCGACGCUUAAGGGGUCCGAGACCCUCUGUACAAGAGCAAAACAAAGAAAUUGCAAAAGUAACAUCGUGUUCAAAUUGACGGAUAGUAAAAUUACAGGCCAGACGUUCAGUCGUGGGACACAGCUCCCAGGAAGCCUCCUUCAAGAGAGAGACACACGGGCCAAGUGGCAAGGCAUCCCUACUCUGCUGCAGAAGCUCUACGAGAGCAGUCACCCCAACAGUGACCUCUCUCACGCCCACGGCCUACUUAAGGUGGUACUGUCCCAGCUCUCCAUGGAGGCCAUGUCUUUUGUCACCGAGGACAGAAAGACUAUUCAGGAAACCACCUUCCCCAACACACACACCUUUGACCUCUUUGGCGGAGUCGAUCUGCUUGUUGAGCUCUUGAUGAGACCCACACUAACUAUGCAGAAGAAAAAGGCCAAAAUGAAUGAUGAUUUGGUCAAGGACUGCCUUAGUGUUCUCUACAAUUGUUGUAUCUGUGCAGAUGGGGUGACCAAAAGCUUGGCGGCUCGGGAUGACUUUGUGCUCUUCCUUUUCACCUUGAUGACAAACAAGGAGACCUUCUUACAGACUGCAACGCUAAUGGAAGACAUCCUUGGAGUUAAAAAGGAGAUGAUCCAUUUAGAGAGCAUCCCCAACCUGUCAGGCCUGGUUCAGAGCUUCGACCAGCAACAGCUGGCCAACUUCUGCCGCAUCCUGUCUGUCACCAUCUCAGAACCCGAUUUGGGAAAUGACGACAAGCACACCCUGUUGGCCAAAAAUGCCCAGCAAAAACGCCAUUCAAGCCCCUCCCGUGCAGAGGUCAACCAGGUCACCUUGCUGAACAUUCCCGAAUUUAUUGAGCGCCUGUGUAAGCUAGCGACAAGGAAGGUGUCAGAGGCCACAGGAGCCAACUUUCUGCAGGAGCUGGAGGAGUGGUACACGUGGCUUGACAACGCUCUGGUGCUAGACUCCCUCAUGCAGAUGGCGACAGAGGAGGCGGAACAAAGCAGCACAGAGUCUUCCGAUGAAAGCUCCCUGGCCACCAGCCCGCUGAGGCAUCGGCUACCCCCAUCUAUGAAGAUUGUCCAUGAGAUCAUGUACAAAGUGGAGGUGCUCUACGUGCUCUGUGUGCUUCUCAUGGGCAGACAGAGGAACCAGGUGCAUAAGAUGCUGGCUGAGUUCCGUCUCAUACCAGGCCUCAACAACCUGUUUGACAAGCUCAUCUGGAGGAAAUACACCGUCACCAACCAUGUUGUACAUGGCCAGAACGAGAACUGCGACUGCAGCCCUGAAAUCUCUUUCAAAAUCCAGUUUUUGCGUCUUCUCCAAAGUUUCAGUGAUCAUCACGAGAACAAGUACCUUCUGUUGAACAGUCAAGAGCUGAAUGAACUGAGUGCCAUAUCCAUGAAGGCUAAUAUUCCUGAGGUGGAGGCUCUGGUCAACACAGAUAGAAGUCUUGUGUGUGACGGUAAGAAGGGCCUCCUCACGCGCCUCCUCACUGUUAUGAAGAGGGAGCCUCCAGACUCAUCCUUCAGGUUCUGGCAGGCAAGGGCAGUGGAAAGUUUUCUGAGAGGAGCCACUUCCUAUGCUGACCAAAUGUUCCUCCUGAAGAGAGGGCUACUGGAGCACAUCCUGUUCUGCAUCAUAGACAGUGGCUGCACAUCCAGAGACGUCUUACAGAGCUACUUUGAUCUGCUCGGAGAGCUCAUGAAGUUCAACAUCGAUGCCUUCAAAAGGUUCAACAAAUAUGUCAACACACCUGAGAAGUUCCAGACGUUUUUGACCCAGAUCAACAGUUCUUUGGUGGACUCCAACAUGUUGGUGCGCUGCAUCGUGCUGUCCUUGGACCGAUUUCAGAGCCAGACGGAAGAUGUUAAAGUGGUGGAGGUCCUGUCCGAGUGCCGUCUGCUGUCCUACAUGGCCCGAGUGGAGAACAGACUCUCUUUCCUGUUCCGACUGGUCAACAUCAUCAACGUGCAGACGCUCACGCAGGAGAACGUCAGCUGCUUGAACACCAGUUUGGUCAUCCUGAUGUUGGCCCGCAGAAAGGCUAAGCUGCCCUUCUACCUGAACGCCUUGCGUGAGAAGGAGCACGCUGAGAAGUACCCCGGCUGCCUGCUCAACAACUUCCGCAACCUCCUGCGCUUCUGGCAGUGUCACUACCUCAACAAGGACAAAGACAGCACCUGUCUGGAGAACAGCUCCUGUAUUCCCUUCAGCUACUGGAAGGAGACGGUGUCGGUGCUGCUUGGCUCAGACAGGACUUCUCUGUGUGCGAUAGCCAGCUACAUCGAUGAGCCUUUUAUGGAUCUGGACAGAGACCUGCUGGAAGAUUGACCGUCGGCGUGUAGAUGGCGUGCGUCGGGGAGGGGUCACGGCGAGCGAGGACGCCCGGUGCCCGUCCGGACUCCGCUGAGCUGAGUCAUUUGGGCACCCGGUGGCUCACCUGUCUGCCGGACGUUCCUUCACACGGAGUCCUCUACAAAGGAAGCACACCCCACUAGAAUGACAGUGGACCUUUCCGGAAUGACACCUGCAUUGGUUGUUGGCUCAAAACAGAGCUUUUUAUAUUCACCUUGACAAACAUUUUAUGAAAAACACUUCCCUUCAGCAAACUCUGAUCGCAAUCACCGGACUUUGGACACGGCCACAGAUGGACCCGGUGUGCGUCGCCCGGCUGCGCCGGAUGUCCCGCCACGUCUCUGUUCUCUCAGCACACCCCCACGGCCUCAGAAAGGAAACGGGGACUCCUCAGCGGUCUUCAUUUCCCGUUUCUCCUUCUCGUCGGUGCUCUCUGGCUCGGAUCAAUGAGUUUGGUCGCUUGAUGCGUGAACGCGUUCACACCUCACCUGACCUCCGUUCUGGGACGUUUUUGAUUUGUGUUUGUGGAAGACAAUGGCUUUUAGCUGUAGAAGAAAACAUUGCACACAUCCAUUUGUUUUUAUUCUAAUACGUUUUUGUUGAUGAAAUCAAUAUUCAUUUUGUAACACCAUUUGUAUCCUUGUGACAAACGCUUUCGGAUGAGAAUAAACUAUGCAGGCAGUAGAGUUUGGACGUUAGCCAUUUGAUUUGGUGUUCCUGUGUUCUCUGCUGGCUUUCUGGGCCACCUAAACUCCAAUGACAAUCUGUCAGUGUGAUGAUGCCGCCGCUUGGAAGGUGCCGAAAUGGUGUCUGCAGCCUGAAUGUGCAGUCAUCCGCGCUGAAUGGAAGAUGCUGACUGGUCCACGUUUGGUGUGAUGAGAUGAAACGGCCCACAAAUGAGCUACCUCGUUGCAUCGUUUAGGAAAGACCUUUGCAUCCCAGCAUGUCAUGAGUCCUAACACUUAUUGAUGUGAAUGUAUAACGGCAUUCUUACAGUUGUCUCCUGCUGCCUUGGGACGCAAACACACGCUCACACCUUUUCUUUGCAUCUUCAGCCACUCAGCAUGUCUUCAAUUCAAAUGCGAUGCUUGUGCCAGUUUGAAAAAGUUCAUGUGUGCUUUUAGUGAGCUUCACUAAACGUCUUCUCUUCCUGUUGGUGGAGAUUGCGGGGGGGAGGGCAAUGUGUCCCUCAGUACUGUAAACCCUAAACGACGUACUGCUUAGAUGAUCUUAUUGGUUGCCAUGCUGCUUUGCUUUGAAGGGCAGUCGAGCUGCUUUAAUAACGUGAAUGUUGUGGUUCGAGUUGUGUGUAAAAUCAACACCACUGCUCUUGGACGAUGGUUGGAUGUCCAAUAAGCCUUAGAUUGAAUAACUGAUAUGGGGGUGCGGCUCAAAAGCUUGCUCAUGCAUCGUGUGAAUGUUAUACACCCUGCUGUGUUCUCCACUAUUUGAUGUCAAAUUCAGCACAAUGAGGACACAAACACAUACGUGUAUGUGUGUGUGUAUGUAUGUAUAUAUUUAUAUACAUAUAUCAUCCUACUCACAUGCAGGGACACAUUUUCUCAUUGCAAAAACAAAGAAAACACUCACGGGGUGUUGAUUCAAACACUUUUGGUCGUACAAUUUGUGCUUAAAAAUAGCAAAGCCUGUUAGAAGAACCGCAAACAUCUGUUUGACUUCUGUAACCGACCUCCUAUCACCAAUGUUGAGCUUCAUUUUCUUUAUUUAACAACUGUUUGUCCAAUAAAGUCAAUUGUUUAGACAGUUA